GAUCCUACACUUCCCGGCGCCGCGCGCGCAGGGCGGCGCCACAGGAAGCGCGGCGCGGGUCUUUCCGGCCGUGCGCGCGCCCCGAGCGGAGGCGCGCCCCGAGCCUGCACCGACGAGACAAGAUGGCCGGGCUGCCCCGCAGGAUCAUCAAGGAAACCCAGCGCUUGCUGGCGGAGCCAGUCCCUGGGAUAAAAGCGGAGCCGGAUGAAAGCAACGCACGCUAUUUUCAUGUGGUCAUUGCAGGUCCACAGGAUUCCCCCUUUGAGGGUGGGACAUUUAAACUUGAACUAUUCCUUCCAGAAGAAUAUCCAAUGGCAGCUCCUAAAGUACGUUUCAUGACCAAAAUUUACCAUCCUAAUGUAGACAAGCUGGGAAGAAUAUGUUUAGAUAUUUUGAAAGAUAAAUGGUCCCCAGCUUUGCAGAUUCGUACAGUUCUGCUAUCAAUCCAGGCUUUGUUAAGUGCUCCCAAUCCAGACGAUCCACUAGCAAAUGAUGUAGCUGAGCAAUGGAAGACCAAUGAAGCGCAAGCCAUAGAAACAGCCAGAGCAUGGACUAGGCUAUAUGCCAUGAAUAAUAUUUAAAUGCGCUUUGAACAUCAAGUGUGCAUCACCUCUCCUGUUCUGCCAAGACCUCUUCCUUUUUUUGUUUGCAUUUAAUGGACACAGUCUUAGAAACAUUACAGAAUAAAAGCCCAGACAUCUUCAGUCCUUUGGUGAUUAAAUGCACAUUAGCAAAUCUGUGUCUUGUCCUAAUUCACUAUUGUACCGCAUGAGCAGAGGCUAGAAGUAUCAUCUGGAUUGUUGUGAAAUUGUUUGAAAGCAGCAGCACAUCUCUGCUUUUAAUCAUUUUUCCCGUCAUGGUUUAAGUAUAAGCACUGUGAAUGAAGGUAGGCAGGGUUAGCUGCGGGGCUUUUUGUUUUAAUUUUGUGGGCUCCUCCUCCCUUUUUAUGGUGAUGCUAAUUGCAUUGGUAAAAGCAGCUAACCAGUUAAACUUUAGAAUAUACCCUCUAGCCCAGUCUAACUUAGACGCUGUAGAUGGACAAGCUUCAUUGUUUGAACAAAAAAUGGGAACAUUAAACAUCCAUCACCUUCACUAAUACUAUAGUGAUUCUGCUGUCAAGUGUAGAAAAAUCCCUCCAAGAAAAAGCUUGUGACCAUUUUGUAUGGCUUGUCUGGAAAAUCUCCUGUAAAUCUUAUGUUUUAGUAAAAUAUUUUUUGUUAUUCUA